UUAAAUGUUAAGUUUGGUGUGUUAUCUUGCGAUGAUAUAUGAAAUAAUUGUAACCUAUGGCUUCGAGUUGUUCAUGAGGAAUAUUAUUCAGAGAUAUCCUUUUUUUCUUUUUUUUUCUUUUUUUAAAAUUAUCUCAAGGCUUUGAAGAGCAGUCACUAUGAAGUACUUUAAGCACCAAACUGCGCCUUUUAGUUAUCUAAUCAACGAGGAAUCAUAAAGUGCAUGCCAUUCAUAGUGAACAUAAUUCAGUGCCCGAAAAAGAAAAUAUCACUGAAUGUUAAUACACAAUUCUACUGGUCUCCUUUUAUCUUUGCUCUCAUUUGCAAUAUGUCAGGUUAUGUAGUUCCUAGUAGAUGCAAACCCUUGAUGCAUACACAUAUUUGUAUGUUUUUCAUGUUAUGUUAGUCUAAUUUGUAUGUUUUUCAUGUUAUGUUAGUCUAAUUUGUAUGUUUUUCAUGUUAUGUUAGUCCAAUGUCAGCUUAUUUAUUAAUGAAAGGAUGAAUGUAAUGAAAUUUGAGGUGAAAUUGUCAUUAUUGGUGAGUGCAACCAAUUCAUAUUAUAAUCAUUCCUAUGCUGGCUGCAUUGUUCUUAAUAUAUUUGGCCUGAUAUAAAGGAUCUUCAAUCUUGUGAUUGUACGGCCUGUUUUGAAUUUUUUUAUGAAGAAAAUAUUAUAUUUAUACACCUGCACUAUGAGAACAUCGAUACAAUGCUCCAAAACUGCCAGUUUAGGGACAAACGCAAAGCCCCAGACUUUGUGGUUUGUAACUUCGUAACCAUCUAAUUCUUCUUUGGAAUGUCCUACAUGUUUUCUCAUCCCGUAUGGUCAUCUCUCUUAAUAUGAAUGUGUAAGACCUGAGACUGUUAAAGCAUUGUCAGGCGACGCUCUGAAAUCAUUGGUUCCAACCAUGUCAGCAGUUCGAAUUCUUGACACGAUUAGCCAGUGUCUCUCGGAGGCUCAAUUGGACUCCCAUGAAGUCCAGCAGAAAGCUCUCAAGACUCUAGUCUCCAUCACCAAAGUUAGUCCUAAAAACAGGAACUUGCUAGCAGAAACUGAAGGAGCCAUCCCUGUCUUUCUUAACCUCUCCAAAUCUUCCGACUCCAUCAUCCAAGCUCUCUCAUUGUCCAUCCUCUUCAACCUCUCCCUAAACCCUAAUCUAAAGCAGUCUCUCGCGGAGAUACAAAACAUUUAUCACCUAAAUUCUGUACUCGUCUCCCCAAAUUCCCCCGAAUCUAGCAGAUUAGCUUCCUCUUUGGUUUGCAGUUUGGCAAUGCUUGACAAGAACAAGGCCAAGUUUGGAGUAGCAGGUACAGUUCAGUUGCUGGUCAAGGCAGUUUCAGGUCCCCAUGGUCCGGCUGCUCAUCAUCUCCUCAGUUCUUUGGCUGAGCUUGUGCAGUUUCAUGGGAACUGUACUUUGGCAGUCAGAGCAGGAGCAGUUCCAGUGCUCAUCCAAGUGGUGAAGAGCACUGAUGGUGAAGAUCUUGCUGGAACUUCUCUAGCAGUACUUUGUCUUUUGGUUAGGUUCAAUGAAGGAUUGAAUGCUUUGAGAAAGACUGAUGGAAUUGUAAGUUUGAUGGUGGAUGUGUUAAGAGGGAGGUGCAUGUUGAGUAAAGAGGGCGCAUCGGAAAUUCUUAUUCGUCUGUUUGAUGAAAGCGAGGGCUGUGUCAGAGAUGCUUUGAGGCUGCCGGAAUUUGCGAACGUGCUUGCUGAUCUUUCAGUGAGAGGAUCAGCAAAAGCUCGAGAGAGGGCUUCUUUGUUAAUGAGGAAGAUGAUGGAUGCCGAGUUGGAUACAUAUGUGGAUGGGAGCCCCAUGUUUUUCCAGUGGCAGUAAAAUGAUCAAUCCUGGAACUUAGAUAUGACUUUCCGGAACUUCUUACAAAUUGCUUCCUAUUCGAUAUGUAUUUUAUGUGAUUGGUGUCAUGGAGGAUUAACUGUUGGAAAAUUUAAAUUAUAUUAAUUAAUUUUUCAAAUUGAAUGGAAA